AUGGACACUCCCCUAUCAAACCGCAGCAUGUCCACCAUCACCACAGUCGCCCUGUCGCGCACCCAAUCCUACACAUACCCCUUAACUCAAGUGUCCAACGGCGCCACUACAUCAUCAUCUCCACCAACCUCUCUACCAAGCAACUCUUUCCUCUCCACAAAACUCACCCGUCGCUCCCGAGCAAAGCAGCACAAACAUUUCAACUCCUUACACAUCAACAUCGAAAUGUCAGACCUUACGCUCACCCGUCCCGACAACCAAGCUCUCCCCAACUCCACCGAUGUUGGUUACGAUGGAGACGACGAAGACAACGGCGCUGAUAUGGAGAUUAUACGCCAGGAUUCGGAGGAGAAGUGGAAGGGUAACCGGAGUAGGAGUGGCAGCGCAAGUGUGAGUGGGAGUACGAGUACGAGCGUCAUGGGUGGGGUUAAGAGGACGGUUGUGAAGAUGGGGGUUAGUAUGAGGAAUGGGUUUAGGGGGUUGGUUAGGAAGUUCACCUUUUGA